AUGUCUUCGUUUGCCAGUGCCUUCCUGCGUACCAGCCGCGCUGCUCUCCGUAGCAAUGGCGCCGCCAACCCCGUCCAGGCCGCAUGGGGCCCUCGCGGAGGUGCCUACAUGAGAAACUACGCCACUGCUUUCGAGCGCAACAAGCCUCACGUCAACAUUGGUACCAUUGGUCACGUCGAUCACGGCAAGACCACCCUCACUGCCGCCAUCACCAAGCGCCAGGCCGAGAAGGGCUUCGCCAACUUCCUCGACUACGCCUCGAUCGACAAGGCCCCCGAGGAGCGCAAGCGUGGUAUCACCAUCUCCACUGCUCACAUCGAGUACCAAACCGACAACCGCCACUAUGCUCACGUCGACUGCCCUGGUCACGCCGAUUACAUCAAGAAUAUGAUUACUGGUGCUGCUUCCAUGGACGGUGCCAUCAUCGUUGUCGCCGCUUCCGACGGUCAGAUGCCCCAGACCAGAGAGCACUUGCUCCUCGCCCGCCAGGUCGGUAUCCAGAAGAUUGUCGUCUUUGUCAACAAGGUCGACGCCAUCGAGGACCCCGAGAUGCUUGAACUUGUCGAGAUGGAGAUGCGUGAGCUCCUCAGCAGCUACGGCUUCGAGGGCGACGACACUCCUAUCAUCAUGGGCUCUGCUCUGUGUGCUCUUGAGUCCCGCAAGCCCGACAUCGGUGUUGAGCGUAUCGAUGCCCUGAUGAACGCCGUUGACGAGUGGAUCCCCACCCCCCAGAGAGAUCUCGAGAAGCCUUUCCUCAUGUCCGUUGAGGAUGUCUUCUCUAUCCCUGGCCGUGGUACCGUCGUGUCUGGUCGUGUCGAGCGUGGUCUCCUGAAGAAGGAUACCGAAAUCGAGCUUGUCGGCAAGAACAAGGUCCCCAUCAAGACCAAGGUUACCGACAUUGAGACCUUCAAGAAGUCUUGCGACGAGUCCCGCGCUGGUGACAACUCUGGUCUUCUGCUCCGUGGUAUCAAGCGUGAGGAUGUCACCCGUGGUAUGGUCGUUGUCAAGCCCGGCACCGUCACUUCCCACAAGAAGUUCCUCGUCUCCAUGUACGUCCUGACCAAGGAGGAGGGUGGUCGUCACACUGGUUUCCACGGAAACUACCGUCCCCAGAUCUUCAUCCGUACUGCUGAUGAGGCCGCUGCUAUCGACUGGCCCGAAGGCACCGAGGAUGCCGAUUCCAAGAUGGUCAUGCCUGGUGACAACGUCGAGAUGGUCUGCUCUCUCCACAAGCCUCUCGCCGUCGAGCAAGGUCAGCGCUUCAACAUCCGUGAGGGUGGUCGUACCGUCGCCACUGGUAUCAUCACUCGCAUUAUCGAGUAA